CUCGUUCUCCUAGUCUUACCUCCUUAGGAUCUUGUGCCAUAAAAAUGUACAUAUAAUGAAUAGAAAAAUUUAAUUAAUAUAAAUAGUAAUUGUUUCAAUAUUGCUUAAAAAUUUAUUGUAUAGGCGUGCAACUGACUAAUAGUCAUUAUACAUUACACCUUCGGCCAACAUGGCGGCUUCAUUGGGUCGAGUUUGUAAAUCUGGUUUUUUAAAAUCAAAUUAUGGAACAUUAUUCAAUCAGCAGGUGCAUAAUUUUUCUACCGCAAACCAAUGGUCUAAGGGUAGAAAAGUGUUAUUAACAUGUCUGGGAGUUACUGCAGGUGGUAUCAGUGCAUUAAUCUAUGCUUUGGAUCGUUCUGUAACAGCUUCAGAUUUAAUAGCACAUGCACCUACUUUUAAGUGGGACUUCUAUGGACUGUUUAAUUCAUUAGAUCAUAAGAGUAUGCGACGAGGUUGGGAAGUAUAUAAAAAUGUAUGCUCAGCCUGUCAUGGCUUGAAAUAUGUAGCUUAUAGAGAACUUGUUGGUGUUACACAUACCGAAGAUGAAGCCAAAGCUAUUGCAGAAGAAAUUCAGGUACAAGAUGGUCCUGAUGAUACAGGAGCUUAUUUUAUGCGCUCUGGCAAAUUAUCUGAUUAUAUUCCAUCCCCAUAUCCAAAUGAGGAAGCUGCAAGGGCAGCCAAUAAUGGUUCUGCCCCACCCGAUUUAUCCUUCAUUCUUAAUGCAAGGCACAAUGGAGAGAAUUACAUAUUUUCAUUAUUAACUGGAUACUGUGAUGCACCAGCCGGAGUUCAAAUAGGAGAAGGACAAUAUUUCAAUCCUUAUUUCCCUGGUGGAGCUAUUGGCAUGGCACAAGUCAUUUUCGACGAAGUCUUAGAAUUUGAAGAUGGUACUCCAGCAACUGCUUCUCAAAUAGCAAAAGAUAUUACCACAUUCCUUAUGUGGACAUCAAAUUCUGAAUUUGAUGAAAGAAAGCGAUUAACUAUUAAGGCUAUGAUUAUCUUCUCGACACUAACAAUGUUAGCAUACUAUUGGAAGAGACAGAAGUGGACAACUAUAAAACAUACCAAACUACUUUUCACGCCAACGAAAAAGCAGUAAACCUUUCUACGUACAAUUACUUCAGCGAUUAGCUCAAAGAAAGUGAUUUGACGAUGUUAGGCUCUUACAUUGGAAUGUAGUUUUUUACUUUGUUUGGAAGUUGCGGCAUUUUCAAAGCGUAAUUGCACGCAAACUGAUAGACAUUCUCUAAACACAUCAUUCGCCUUGUACAUAUAACUACAACCAAUGACAUCGUCGUCUGGUUUAAAUAAAUUGUUAAACUCAA